AUGUCAUCCUCCAGUGAUCUACUGACUGAGGAGCUUAAGUGCUCUAUUUGUCUGGAAGUCUUCACUGAUCCAGUCAGCACUCUAUGUGGCCACAACUUCUGCAAAACCUGUCUGAAUAAAUGCUGGGACAAGAGCCAGACCUGCAGCUGUCCAUACUGCAAAGAAACAUUCAACCAAAGACCUGACCUCAGGGUUAAUACCACACUCAGAGAGGUUGCUGAACACUAUAAAAAGAAACUCAGGCAAACGGAGAUCAAGUGGAUGCAGCAAUAUGCAGUGGAUGUGACUCUAGAUCCAGAAACUGCUCAUCCUGAACUCAUCCUGUCUGAUGAUGGAAAACAAGUGAGACAUGGAGACAUUUGGCAAAAACUCCCAAACAACUCAAAGAGAUUUGAUAGAUAUUUAUUUGUCUUGGGAAAAAAGGGGUUCUCCUCAGGGAGAUUUUAUUUUGAGGUGCAGGUGGAAGGAAAGACUAGCUGGGAUUUAGGAGUGGCCCAAGGAUCCAUUAACAGGAAAGGAGAGAUCUUACCGAGUCCCAGUAAUGGAUUGUGGACUUUGAUUCUGAGGAAUGGGAAUAAAUAUAUUAACUCUCUUAAUCCCCCUGUCAGUAUCUCCAUGAAAGUGAAGCCUCAGAGGGUUGUUGUGUUUGUUGAUUAUGAGGAGGGUCUGGUCUCCUUUUAUGAUGUGGAGACCAGCUCUCACAUAUACUCUUAUACUAAUCAGCGUUUCUUUGGGGAACUCUAUCCAUAUAUUAGCCCAUGCCUUAAUGAUGGAGGUAAAAAUUCAAGCCCACUGAUCAUCACACCUGUCAAUUACAAUAAAUGAAAUAUAGCGAAGGUGCCAGGGUGGGAUUUGCAUCAGAAAUUAGCAUAGCACCUCCCCUGUCUUUAUGUAUAAAGCAGUGGUUCUCAAACUUUUUACAGUCGCGUACCCCCCAGGCAUUUAACGUCCUUCAAUGUACCCCCUCUCUCACACUUAGACUACAGUCAGAAAGUAUUUUAAUAAACGUACAUGUGUAACAAAUAUAUACUUUGUAAAGUAACUCAGUUUUAUCAAACACAUAAUUUGUAUCCAACCUAUCACAUACUUUUAAAUAAAUUACACACUGUUUAAUGAGA